AUGUCGUUCAGGAAAAAGAACGUCGUCCUGGGGCCAUCCACCAGAGGUCCUGUGAGAGAGUCCAUGGCUCCGAAGCAGGAAGCUCUACCACCGGCUGGGACUCGUUCAUCACCCCUUGACGGCCGUUCUACAACCUCCACCGGAACGGCAUCACUAGACCAACUCCUGGCAGGACACGCAGGGCUACCGCUUGGCUACAGUAUUCUUGUAGAGGAGUCUGGAACGACAGACUUCUCGGGUGUACUUCUCAGAUACUAUGCCGCCGAAGGUCUCGUGCAGGGCCAACAAGUACACGUGCUUGGCCCAACGGACGCGUGGAGAGGAGAGCUUCCAGGACUUGGCAAAGCCAGUGGCUCAAGUAAGAAAAAAUCGGCGUCAGCAUCAGACGAGAAGAUGAAAAUAGCGUGGAGAUAUGAGAGCCUUGGCAACAAUGCCGGACCAAGGACGAACAACAACGGCCUAGCAGGGGCUGCCGAAGUUUUCUGUCACUCUUUUGACCUCGGGAAACGUCUACAGCCUGGUGACAUCAAGGGCGAACUGCAUGCGACCCCAUCGACUGCUGCCAUGAGCUGGCUCCACCCUUCGGGUUCAGGCAGCUCUUCCCCUCUAGACACAUUUAUCAGCAACGUCUCAGCAAAGCUGAAGGCAUCACCGCCCGGUAUUAUCCAUCGUAUCGUAGUGCCGAGCCUUCUGUCGCCCGCACUCUAUGGUUCCUCACUCUGCCGUCCGGCGGAUGCCCUGCAAUUCUUGCACAAACUGAGAGCACUGCUGCGCCAGCACGAAGGGAUUCUGACGGCUAUGAUCUCGCUGUCUACCUCGUUAUUCCCGCGAUCGACGGGAUUUACACGAUGGAUGGAGCUUUUGUGCGAUGGAGUGCUGGAAAUGCUGCCCCUCCCGAGAAAAGUGCACAUCGAGCCCAAUACCAAGUCCGAAGACGUCGUGCAAGGUAUGCUCAAGGUGCAUAGCCUCCCUGUUUACCACGAGAGGGGAGGAGGUAUAGAGGGCCAGUCUUCGCGGGAAGACCUUUCCUUCAGAAUGAGCAGCUCAACGUGCUCAAGCCUAUCAGUGAAUGUCCUGAUAUACUACGAAGGUUCGCCCUACCCGUACCUCAAGGGCUUGAUCCUCGAACUCGUAGUUUCUCUCUGGAUCAAAGUGUCGAAACAGUGGGAUUAUAUGGCAGAGGUAUCUAGUCAACAGUCAAAUUCGCCACGCUAUCUUACGGAGCAUACAAAACACCUCCAGCACCACCGUAAGAGUCAGACGGGUUCUGCCUCACCGCCCGUCUCCACCACUGCCAGCUCCAUAAACCUCAAUCCUACGAAUUUUUCCAACCAUGCUUCCUUCUUGCCUCCGACAACCACGCAUCAGGAUAUGAUUAUGUGGCUUUCAGCACUACACAAGGACAGCAAGGUCGACCCAAAAAGGUCCGAGGCAAGAACAAUGGCAGCAGCAUUGGAAGACCCUUCGGUCCCUCCCGUGCGCAUCUCCAAGAUCGCAGAUCGCUACCUCGUCUUCGAUGCUGAAGAUGUGGCCACAAUUAGGCGCAGCCACAACAUCUGCUCCGUUCUGGUGGGAACGACCCCGCAGAACCCAACACAAAACGUGUUUCUCAGUCUGCCGCUGGAGUUGCUACCCGAGGAGGCCAGCGUGCUCAUCGAGAACAAGGUAGGCCGCCUCGUCGAAGAGGCUUCGCAUCACCUGUCGUCCCUACGCUCUCCGGACAAGGCCACCCGCCAGGCCUACAUUGCACUACUGAAAGAACGUCGAAGCAAGGCGCAAAAGCUGCUGGCAGAGGAUCAGGCCAAGAAGGCAGCUACGGAACAGACGCGGAGGAACAAGGGCGCCAAGUCGGCCGCGGCCCAGCCAAAACCUGGUUCUGAGGUGGAUGAUUCUCUGUUUGGAGGUGCCGUUCCAGAUAAGAGCUCCAAACCCCGUGAUGGCGUGGAUGCCAAGCCGUCCGUGGCAGUCACGCCGACAACCAGCGAAGGUCUCCUCGUGCCUUUAGGCGAAGUUGAGGAAACAGUGCCUCAACCUCUCGCCGGGCCGUUGCACCAACACUUGCAGUCUAGAGGAUACUUCAUGACUCCUGGUCUACGUUUUGGCGCCGAUUACAGUGUAUACCCGGGUGAUCCAUUGCGGUAUCACGCCCAUUUCCUCGCUACAAACUACGAUUGGGAUGAGAAAAUACCGAUGCUUGAUAUCGUCGGCAGUGGCCGUCUGGGAACUUCAGUGAAGAAGGGCUUUUUGUUUGGCGGAGAGGUUCCCGACGUCAACGGUGGUACGAAGCAUGUGCGCGCAUUUUGCGUUGAAUGGGCAGGAAUCAAGUACAAACGUGCUUCUUCGUAG